ACAAUCUCGCUCUAUCUUGAUCAAGAGUUAAGACUAUCUCAAUGCAACUCUACAUAUGUUACAAUACCAUAGCGUACUGUCGAGCUGUUCAUCCACAGCAGCCAUUUUAGUGACACAGGACAGAGCUCAUUAGGCGGGCGACGUAAUCGAAGUGGGGGGAGUGUCACGAGCCCAGCACGAAGAAUGAGUGAUCGUCCGUCAUCGCUCGCGCACCUCGCGGCACGGUUGCUACGACUAGCUAUAGCGGCUAGUAUUGUCUGCGUCGCGGCGGAUCGCAGUCGCGUGGUACGCGUGGUCAUGUGUGUGUGAGUGUGCAGUGAGGCAGUGUGAGCACUGUGAGCUAGUGAGCCAGUGAGGAUGCGAGGCGAGGCGGGAGGCGCGCGCGGCAAGGCGGGCCGCGCCAGCGCAAGUUACCCGGCCAUCAGCGCCGCCUACUGGCUGCCGCCGUCCAACCCCACCCCGUAUCAUGUGCCAGAACGCAAGCUAUUUGUUGGCAUGCUGAACAAGAAGUUGUCUGAGAACGACGUGCGAUCACUGUUCGCGGGUCACGGCGCCAUCGAGGAGUGCACGGUGCUGAGGGACGCGCAGGGCCAGAGCAAGGGGUGCGCGUUCGUCACCUUCGUCUCUAAGCAAGCGGCCAUUGCGGCGAUCAAGGUCGUGGGCCACGACGCCAUCGAAGUGUACGGUUCCGAGGGACGCACAGGGCCAGAGCAAGGGGUGCACGUUCGUCACCUUCGUCUCCAAGCAAGCGGCCAUUGCGGCGAUCAAGGUAUCAUCAAGAUCUUUCUCUAUCAGCUUACGGCCAGUUUUAUUAAUCAAUCGCCAUCAAAAGAUAGGUCGUGGCCCACGGCGCCAUCGAAGUGCACAGUGCUGAGGGACGCGCAGGGCCAGAGCAAGGGGUGCACGUUCGUCACCGUCGUCUCCAAGCAAGCAGCCAUUGCGGCGAUCAAGGCGCUACACCAUAGUCAAACAAUGGAGGGCUGCUCCGCCCCCCUAGUAGUGAAAUUCGCGGACACUCAGAAGGAAAAGGAGCAGAAGAAACUGCAAGCGAUGCAGGCGAGCCUCUGGGGUCUGACCACGCCGGUGGCGCCCGCGACGGCCUACCUCGCGUCCGAGGCGGCGCUGUCGCCGGCGACACAGCUGCAACUGCUGCAGCAGCUGCAGGCGGUGGGCCUGCAGCAGCAGCUCUUGCAGGGGCAGGGAUCGACGCUCCUACAAGGUGUUAACUACCAGGAUAUCGGUUUCAAUGGUGCAGGGCUGUCUAGCGGCGCGACGGACCAGCUGGGCGGUCUGCUCGCACCGGUGUCUGUGCAGAACCUGGCGGCGCUCGCGGCGAUUACCCAGCAGCCGCCGGUAGUAACGCAGCCGGCUACGAUGGCGCCCGCCGCGCAACCGCAGCCCGCGCCGCAGUUGUGGUCGACGCCGGAGCCGCUGGGGUCGGCGUACGCGGCGCAGUUCGGCGGUGGGUUCGCGGCGGCGCCGCUGGGCUCCGUGCUCGGCUCGGCCGCCGCCGCCGCCGCCGGGAAGCAGGUCGAAGGUCCUGAGGGCGGGAACCUGUUCAUCUACCACUUGCCGCAGGAGUUCACUGACACGGAUCUAGCGUCUACAUUUCUGCCGUUCGGUCACGUGAUAUCCGCCAAAGUGUUCAUAGACAAACAGACCAACCUGUCCAAGUGCUUCGGCUUCGUGUCGUACGACAACGCCGCGUCCGCUCAGGCCGCCAUACAAGCCAUGAACGGCUUCCAAAUAGGUACAAAGAGACUCAAGGUUCAAUUGAAACGCUCUAAAGAACUAUCGAGACCAUACUAG